UCACCAAUCACCAUUCAUAUUUCAUACCCAGAUACUAGUCCCUAAUAUCUUUUAAACUAAACCAAAAAAAUUGAACUAAACAUCAAACCAAGAGUUUGAAAGUUGAAACCCCCCACGAAAGUUGCCACUCACAGUGACCAAGAUUGCAUUUUUACUCCUAUUCCAGACCCACCCAAAUGCCUCCCAUUUCUUGCCUCCUUCUACUCACCUUCCUCAUCACCACUUCCACCUUGGGCUGUGUGGUUGGAGCUGUUGGGGUGAACUGGGGCACCAUGGCUUCUCACCCCCUUCCACCCGUCAAGGUGGUGAAGCUCUUGAAGUCCAACAACAUCAAUAAAGUUAAGCUCUUUGAUGCCAACUCUGAUGUUCUUCAGUCUCUUUCUGGUUCCAACAUUGCUGUUACUGUGGGCAUUCCCAACGCUAUGCUAAGAAGCUUGAACUCUUCCAAGAAAGCGGCGGAUAGUUGGGUCCAUGAUAACGUUACCCGCUACAUGCCUAAUGGGGGCAGUGUAACUCGAAUUGAAUAUGUUGCAGUUGGUGAUGAGCCUUUUCAUAAAAGCUACGGUGAACAAUUUCAUCCCUUCUUAAUUGGAGCUGCUAUGAACAUUCAAGCAGCUCUAAAGAAAGCAAAAUUGGACAGCAAAGUGAAAGUUGUAGUUCCCUGCAGCUUUGACAGUUUUGAGACAGGAUUUAACACGUCCUCAGAAGUGCAUUUCAGGCCUGAUGUCAACAAAACCAUGACUGAGCUCCUCAUGUUUCUUGGUAAACUAGGAUCACCUUUCUUUGUGACCAUUUCUCCGUUCAUAACCCACCUUGAAACCAAAAACAUUUCACUGGAUUUUUCCCUCUUCAGAGAAACUGCACGCCCUCAUAAUUUUAGCCAUAAAACAUACAAAAACAGCUUUGAUUUGAGCUAUGAUACAGUGGUUACUGCAUUAUCAUCAGCAGGAUAUCCUAAUAUGGACAUUGUUGUGGCAAAGAUUGGCUGGCCAACCGAUGGGGCUGCCAAUGCAAGCUCAAACCUUGCUGAAACGUUCAUUAAACGCCUCAUAAACCACCUUCGUAGUAACUUGGGCACCCCACUUAGGCCACAUAAGCCCCCUCUUGAAACAUACAUUUUGAGCCUUCUUGAUGAAGAUCAAAGGAUCAUUGCUUCUGGAAACUUUGAAAGGCAUUGGGGUUUGUUCACUUUCGAUGGCCAAGCAAAGUACCAUGUGGAUCUUGGCCAAGGUUCAAGCAGCCUAGUGAAUGCUCAAAAUGUUGAGUAUCUCUCUUCCAAGUGGUGUGUUGUGAACAAUAAUAAAGACCUGUCAAAUGCAACUGCCAGUGCUUUAGAAGCUUGUGCAAAUGCCGAUUGCACUGCACUGUCUCCUGGUGGAUCUUGCUUCAAUAUCAGUUGGCCUAGUAACAUAUCAUAUGCUUUUAAUAGUUACUAUCAGCAGCAUGAUCAGAGAGCUGAAAGCUGUGACUUUGCAGGUCUAGGUUUGAUCACAACUGUUGAUCCAUCCAUGGAUCAUUGCAGGUUUCCUAUUGAGAUUCGCAUCUCUCAUGCAGAAUUUCACAGGCUGUGUAAUUUCCAGUGGUUGAUUUUUCUUCUUACAACCCUCUUGGCUGCAGCUUUUGCUGUUUGACAUGGGUAAAAAAGAGGAUCAUUUUUGCAUCCCUGCCUGCUGUAAUUUUGUUGCAGAUGUAUAUUGUUGAAUCGAAAAUGGUUAGCACAUUUUAUUUAAUUUACACAUGCAGGUCAAAUCUGAAGGAUGCCACUUUUCUCUUUUA